GUCCCGGGGCAGCGCCGGGGCGGCCGUGCCGCUGCCCCCGCCUCGGCAGCGCCCCGGUGCCCGGCCCGGCGCCUCGCCCGCCCCGGAGUCGAGAGCGGCGGCUGGAGGGGGAGCGCCCCAAGGAGCCGGAGCGGCGGCGGCGGCGGCCGCCCUCGGCGCCCGGGACAAUGGUGCUGGACAAGGAGGACGAGAUUUGCUCUCCUCUCCCCUGAGCGGAGGCUGCUGGAGAAGAAGCAUCUGUGCCCGGACUUUUCUUGAUUGCGGAGAUGAUGGUGCUGGACAAGGAGGACGGCGUGCCGAUGCUCUCCGUACAGCCCAAAGGGAAGCAGAAGGGCUGCGCCGGCUGCAACCGAAAGAUCAAGGACCGCUACCUGCUGAAGGCUCUGGAUAAAUAUUGGCAUGAAGACUGUCUGAAGUGUGCCUGCUGUGACUGUCGUCUUGGAGAGGUUGGAUCAACUCUUUACACAAAAGCAAAUCUCAUUCUCUGCCGCAGAGAUUACCUGAGGCUCUUUGGUACCACCGGGAAUUGUGCUGCCUGCAGUAAACUGAUCCCUGCCUUUGAGAUGGUGAUGAGGGCCAGAGAUAAUGUUUACCAUUUGGACUGCUUUGCCUGUCAGCUCUGCAACCAGCGAUUCUGCGUGGGAGACAAAUUUUUCCUGAAGAAUAACAUGAUCUUGUGUCAGAUGGACUAUGAGGAAGGGCAGCUGAACGGGAGCUUCGAGUCCCAGGUUCAAUAACAGCCCCUGCUUCGCUGGAGCACUGUGGGAUGGGCGCUUGGCCGCAAGAGCAGCGAGGGCGUCUGUCAGCUUGCCUGCAAUAUUUUUUUAAUUCUUGGUCCAGAGAGGACUAUAUACAUUGUAGUACUUUUCCCCCCCAACACAAAGCAGUUACAAUUUUAGAUGUACAGUUGUGCCUGCUUAGCCGAGCACUGCAUUGCCUGUAUGUUUGUGAGUUUUUGGGGUCUGGGGGAGGGCUCUGUACAGUCUGUUUUCUGUAUAUAAACUGGAACAUUUAUUUUAUGAAAAAUGUAAUGCAAUUUUAUUACUGGUGUGAAUUAAAAAUUAUGAAUGUUU